AACAGAGCACAGAUCGAAGUCAAAAAUCGAACAGUAAGGAAGUCGGAGCAACUUUGCCGAAAAGCAAAACUUCAAAAAAGAAAUACAAGGAUAAAAUACCUUUGCUUGCAAGUCAAACAAGUUCAUUCAACUUAACCAAAGAAAAAAAAUAUUUCAACCUCGAAACAAAAAAGAGCAUAGCUUAAAGAAAAAGUAAAAAUGGCGCUAUCUACUCUUCUCUCGCUUGUGGACGAGCUCCAGGAGCCCCGCACUCCCAUCUACGAGCUUGGACUGGGAAGGCAUCCGCACUCUCGCUUCAUGCUGCCACUUGGCACUCAGCAGCGUCGUUCCAUCAACGGAUGCCCUUGUGCCUCGCCGAUAUGUCCAUCGUCGCCCGCCGGUCAGGUGUUGGCUCUACGUCGCGAGAUGGCCAACCAGAACGACAUCCACUGGCCGGCUACCGCCCAGGUGGGCAAGGAUGGAUUCCAGGUGUGCAUGGACGUCGCCCAGUUCAAGCCGAGUGAACUCAACGUGAAGGUGGUGGACGACUCCAUCCUGGUCGAGGGCAAACAUGAAGAACGCCAGGACGACUAUGGUCACAUCAUGCGCCACUUCGUGCGUCGCUACAAGGUUCCCGAGGGCUACAAGGCGGAGCAAGUGGUCUCGCAGCUGUCCUCUGAUGGCGUGCUCACCGUCAGCAUUCCCAAGCCGCAGGCCAUCGAGGACAAGACCAAGGAGCGCAUCAUCCAAAUCCAGCAAGUGGGACCCGCUCACCUCAACGUUAAGGCGAAUGCCAGCGAGUUGAAGGGCAAGGAGAACGGAGCCACCAACGGCAAGGACAAGUAAAGGAGCCACCGAGGAGUUCAUCCAUAUUUUACUCCCAAUGUCACCCAUCAUCAUUCCCCCACUUAAUUGUUCCUAAUUUAUUGCAUUGCAUUUGUAAUGAGCUAAAGACUUGAAUACUCAUAAUAAUUUAAUAAAUCAUUUGUACACCUGGUGUGAAAAUUUA